GAUAGACUUUGUAUUGGCUGCAGAGCUGCUGGCCUCUCUUUCUUCAUUUCUUUCUUCAUUUCUUUCUUCAUUUCUUUCUCAAAGAGAACAAGCAGGAAUAUAAAGCAGCCUUCUAGACUGCUUGUUGGAGGGAACUGAGGAAACCUUUCUCCCUGAGAGUCACACCGAGUACCUGCACUGUAGAAUAAAAAUGUGUGACAUACUGGAAGAGGGCUCUUUCAUGUUCACAUCGGAGUCAGUAGGAGAGGGACAUCCAGACAAGAUUUGUGACCAGAUCAGUGAUGCUGUCCUGGACGCUCACCUGAAGCAGGACCCAGAUGCCAAAGUGGCCUGUGAGACCGUGUGUAAGACUGGCAUGGUGUUGCUCUGCGGAGAGAUCACCUCUCGGGCCAACGUGGACUACCAGAAGGUGGUGAGGGACACCAUCAAACACAUCGGCUACGACAACUCUGACAAAGGUUUUGACUAUAAGACGUGUAACGUGCUGGUGGCUCUGGAGCAGCAGAGUCCGGACAUUGCUCAGGGAGUCCACAUUGACAGAGAGGAGGAGGACAUUGGAGCCGGAGACCAGGGUCUGAUGUUCGGCUACGCCACAGAUGAGACCGAGGAGUGCAUGCCUCUCACCAUCAUCUUAGCCCACAGACUCAACUCAAAGAUGGCUGAACUCAGACGCAGUGGAGACAUCCCCUGGCUGCGUCCGGACUCUAAAACACAGGUGACGGUGCAUUAUGAACAGAAGGACGGAGCCGUGAUCCCCAAGAGAGUUCACACCAUCGUGAUCUCUGUCCAGCAUGAUGAGGACGUCACUCUGGAGGAGCAGAAGAGAGUCCUCAAGGAGAAGGUGAUCAAAGCUGUGGUUCCUGCUAAAUACUUGGAUGACAAGACCAUCUACCACCUCCAGCCCAGUGGUCGCUUCGUCAUUGGGGGACCUCAGGGUGAUGCUGGUGUGACAGGCAGGAAGAUCAUUGUCGACACGUACGGCGGGUGGGGCGCUCACGGGGGCGGAGCUUUCUCUGGCAAAGACUACUCCAAGGUGGACCGCUCCGCUGCCUACGCUGCUCGCUGGGUGGCCACGUCUUUAGUCAAAGCCAAGCUGUGCAGGAGAGUUCUGGUUCAGGUGUCUUAUGCUAUCGGAGUGGCCCAUCCUCUGUCCAUCUCCUUGUUUACCUAUGGGUCAUCCCAGAAAACAGAGUCAGAGCUCCUCCAGAUUGUAAAAAAUAACUUUGAUCUGCGGCCAGGCGUCAUCGGCAGGGAGCUGAACCUGAAGAGGCCGAUCUACCAGCAGACAGCCACUUACGGCCACUUUGGCCGACCAGAGUUUCCUUGGGAGGUGCCCAAAAAGCUUGUCUACUAAAUACUCACCUGGAGGCUGAACGAGAUGCUUCUUUGUGGACUACAACUGCCAGCUCCGUCAACUGAUGAGACAUUUUUUGUAUUCGGAAGAAGUAAAGCCAAAGCUUUAGGCAUGAGUCAGCUUUAAAAAAGGGAGAAAAUAAUGAUGUGUGGUUGUAGCCUACGGACAUACAGCUUAAUGGGACACUCUCCCGACGAUCCACCCUCUUCCUCCUUAAGCAUCCAAUUAUUGGUGCUUAAUAAAUGUAUAUGUACAAUCAUUAAUCAGAGAACUUCCCAUCAAACAUAAGGGAACACCACAGCGAAUACAAUUCACUUAAGACAAAUACUUCUACCCCACUAGAAGCAGUGUUUUACCUCAAAGCUGUGAUUAUAUCCGUAUGUUACGUGACAAGUAUCAUGUACAGAAACAACCUCAGCGCUUAAUUUACUAUUGACAACAGCAAGUACUUCAUCAGUGACUAUCUUAUCAAUGUCAAUGUAAUUGUUGCUCAACCAAAGGCUUAGCUUUAGAAUAAAUAAGAGAUCUUUUUGUCAUGACCACCAGUGUUGGGCAAGUUACUCAGGAAAUGUAAUAAGUUACUUUUGACCUCUGACCCCUUUAAAAUGCAACAACAUUAUUUUAGUUUAUGACAUCCCUGCAGCAUGUUUACCGCCAUUAAGUCGCCAGAAAAGGACACCAGACUACGACAGUGUAACGAUACUAAAACUCGAUAUUGUGCUUUUUUAAGAAGCAGAUGUCAGAUUACCAGCACUAUGAGAGCAGUGAUAUAAAUGGCAGAGUAUUUAAUAAUAUUCACCCUCACCAAGCUGUUUUGAACAUUGCUGCACAAACAUAAACCAAAAUAGAAAGUGUGCACUGAAAUGCCUGCAAUUCCUAGCAUUUAAUGACGUUAUUUCAACCGAGUUUUAACCGAGGGUGCAAAAUUUUAAUCUGAGGUUGCCAUGCAUGCUCGUGGACCCUGUGAGGACCCGGUCUGUAUGUUCCUCUGCCUCAUAUUCACCUGAUCACGCAGUAACAAAGCGUUACGUGGAUUACUAACUUCAGUAUAAUUAUUGUUUUGCAAGUUGUAAUCCCCUUCAGACAAAGUAUUAUUACAGUAUUGCCCAACACUGAUCAUGACUCCAAAUUACUUUCUGUGAUUAGUGCGACAGGAAGCAGUUUGCUCUGUUUCCAUCACGUCGUACAACAAGACAGGUCAUUAAAAUGUGGGGAGAGCGAUGAUCUCUGUAGCACAUGCAAUCAAUCAAAUGUAAAGGAGACAUGCAGGCUUGUGUCUGGUCUUAUUUUCUGUCAUCCUUGAAGUACUUUGUUCUAAUAUCAAGCUGCUUUUAUGGUCGCACAGCUCAACCGGUGGCAGAUUAGUAUCUUUGUCUUUAACCUGUGAGUCAGCAGUUAUUGGUCAUUUCAACAAAUAACUUGAAGUCUCGUUGUUCUCUGCAACAGAUCACCCAACUGUUGAGACCAACUCAUUCAGAGCGCCACUGAUGUCUUAAAAUUACUGCAUUUUGUCAAUAUCUGACAGAAUACCUUGGUGUAGAUGUAGAUCUCCUUCUAUAUAUUUGAGAUAUUUAGCUAAAUUUGUAUUUCAUGUGAAAUGCUACGUUUGCUUUGCAGCUCUGGAUUGCAGAUCUAAAAUCUUGGAUUUAGAGGAAAAAAGUUCAUUCAAACUUUCUUAUUAACGGGGCAUUGAGAACAUUUAAUUUUAAGUAAGCUUUCACCAUUGCUUAAUCACAUAAUAUCAAAUCAAAUUUGUACCUUCUGAUGGCAUUUAGGAGUGUGAACAGUUCUCACCUUCAGACUUCAUGUGUGUCGGGUUUGAGGACUUUGUGGUUUGUGGAAGAGAGGUGUUACUCUAUUAACUGUGUUGCUCUUCUGUUCAGAGAAACAGAAUAAUGUAAAUAAUUCAACAAUAAAGAAAAUUAAAGAUGUUAA